CAAACAUUCACUCGAUUUCUCAAUAUACACGCAAUGUCCACCACGGCACAAGAUGUCGAGGCACUUGUGCACUCGGACGACCCGAACCACCCCGCAAACCACAUUUGCACGCUCUGCGCAAAGUUCUACACCCUGGGCUGGGUGACGGGAACCGGCGGAGGCACGAGUAUCCGCCAUGAAGACAAGAUCUACAUCGCGCCCAGCGGCGUGCAGAAGGAGCUCAUGAAGCCGACGGACAUGUUUGUCAUGGACUUUGAGAGCAAGGAGUAUCUGCGAAGGCCACAAGUCCUCAAACCCUCCGCCUGCACGCCCCUCUUCAUGGCCGCCUUUGAGCGCGGCGCCGGCUGCUGCAUCCACACGCACUCCCAAUGGGCCGUGCUCGUGACCCUCCUCGUCGAGCGCGACCUCGGAACUGAAGCGUGUUUCGAAAUCGAGGAAAUCGAGCAGAUCAAAGGCAUUCCCAAGGGGCGUGGGAAACAGGGCAAUCUCGGCUACUACGACCGCCUGCGCAUACCGAUUAUCGAGAACACGGCGCACGAGGAGGAUUUGAGGGAGAGCUUGGAGGCCGCGAUGGAGAGGUGGCCGGAUAGUUAUGCGAUAUUGGUGAGGAGGCAUGGCAUAUAUGUUUGGGGGGAUAAUGUGCACAAGGCGAAGACGCAGUGUGAGAGUAUCGACUACAUUCUGCAGUUGGCUGUCGAGAUGAAGAAGUUGGGACUGCCGUGGACCAAGUCGUAGGGACUGCGACAGAGAGCCCACGACGUCUUAGCUCUAUGGCACACCAGGAUUUGCUCGUAGCAUCUAUAGCGCAGGAUAAACAGGACUUCGUUGCCGCUUUCUGUGCAACACAAAACCGUCAGCCCGAUCCAAUUCAAAUGCUUACUAAGUUAUGCAGGAAUAGUCAGC